AUGCUGGCCACUGAAAUGGAUUUGGACAGUGCUGUUCAGCAAGUGUUGAAGAAUGCUGCGAAGUGUCGUGGAAUAUCCCGUGGACUGAACGAGUGCACGAAGCUAAUUGAGCAACGAGGUGUAGUUCUUUGCUUUUUGGCAGAGAAUUGUAAUGAAAAGGCCUACACAACUCUUAUUGAAGCUCUCUGUCACGAACAUGGCAUCCCGUUGGUGAAGGUACCCGAUAACAAAAAACUUGGUGAAUGGUCAGGAUUAUGCAAGUAUGACAAAGAAGGAAAAGCCAGAAAAGUGGUUUCAGCUUCCUGCAUAGUGGUCACUGAUAUUGGAGAGGAAUCCUACGGACUAAAGUAUCUAGUUGAAAAGUUCAGACUCCCAAUUCAGACAAGAGAGGCGUAG